UAAAGUGCUGGUGUACACAAAGAAGAAUGUAGAAUCGUUUUUUUUAAAUAUGCAGAGCAAUUCAAGUGUCGAUGUCUUCUGGGAAGGGGGCUUCCUGCUGCCUUUGGUGCUGUCAUCGCCGGAGACGUCGCACCAUUUCAAGGCCGGAUGGUACUCGACAAGCGAAGAUCUGCUGACGUCAGCGGAGCUAAACUCAAGUAGUGUUGUGCUAAAGACCGUCACCACCACUUCCGUGUACUUGGUGACGACGACGACCACCUCCAAAACCGCCGUAAGAGGCGUCAGUGAUCGGACUCCUCCCACGGUGGACGUGUCCCAGCGGGAUCCAAACUAUGACCAGCAAACCUUUCUGCACUACGCGGAAGUGCUCAGUGUGAUCAACUUCUACUACGUGCCCGCCCUCGUCCUGUUUGGCAGCAUCGGGAACAUCCUCUCGGUGCUGGUGUUCUUCAAGACCAAACUCAAGAAACUCUCCUCCUCGUACUACCUGGCCGCGCUCGGACUCAGUGACACGUGCUACCUGUUCGGCCUGUUCAUAACGUGGCUCAACCUGAUCGACGUCAAGAUCCACACCCUCGAAGUGUACUGCCAGUUCCUGAUGUUCCUCAGCAAUCUGUGCAGCUUUCUCUCGGUAUGGUUCGUGGUGGCCUUCACGGUGGAACGCUUCAUAGCCGUCCUGUACCCCCUGAAGCGGCAAACCAUGUGCACCGUCCGGCGUGCCAAGAUGGUGAUAAGUGCGUUGACGUUGAUUGGAGUGUUUAUCAGCAUGCCGGUGAUUUUCUUCGCCUCUCCACUCUACUCGCCCACCAUGAAUGAAACCAUUUGUGAUAUGCCCGAGGAGUACAAAGACCAGAUGACGGUAUUCAACUACCUGGACACGAUACUCGUGUUUGUGGUCCCGUUCACGGUGAUAGUGGUGCUGAACACCUUCACGGCACUCACGGUGUGGAAGUUUGCCGGCGUGCGACGCACGAUGACGAUGCCCCGGAGUUUCGCUGGAACUCGUCGACACCAUCAGCCCCUUCAGCUCAGCACGUCCUCGACGAGCCAGCUGUACGUGAAUGGAGCCAUUCCCGUGCAGCAAAUUCACCACUACAGUAAAAGCAACGUGGCAACUUCCCAAAUAAAGGUUACCAAGAUGCUGCUGAUAGUGUCGACCGUUUUCGUCUGUCUAAAUCUUCCCAGCUAUGCAGUGAGGCUGAAGAUUUUUCUCGGGACGGAACACGCCAACACGAUGCUGCUGGUCCAGAACUGCAGCCAGUUGUGCUUCAUGACCAACUUUGGCAUCAACUUCAUCCUGUACUGCGUUAGUGGGCAAAAUUUCAGGAAAGCCGUGCUCGGAAUGUUUCGAAAACGUAGCAUGCAGCAGAUGAACCUGGAGCAACCGUCGGGUACGCAAAUCACAGAGUUCGUCCUCCGGAGUGGCUCCAAGAUGCGACGUCACACAACGGCCAGCAACAACAACAAUCACCCGCCGGAAGCCGCCGUGGGGGACGGAGUGUCCUGGCGCGAGCUGACCGAUUAUCAAAUCACAAAUUUUGUAAAGUGAAACGGUGAUUGAAGUGAAGUGAUUUUUUGCGUUUUCCCCCUCAAACCUUCUUCCUGUGUACAAUUUUCCCUCCCCGUAAAAAACAACGAGUCUAAGGAAAUUGUUGAUAUUCUUUUAGUACAAAAAUAAAUAGAUAAUGUGAAACGAAACCAAACCCAAAAUGAUAAAAGAAGGAUCAAGAGUCAGUGAUAUAGAAUGAAAAGAUAGACAGAUGGAACCGUAAUAAAUUUGAAAGGUACAAACAAAA